UCGCAUCUCCAAACACCACCUCACUCACCAGAUCCGUUUACAUAGGUGUACGUAUACUCUCGUCUCCAUUUGAUAAAAAUUGUGAAGAAAAAAAGCUUGGAGAGAGAAAAUGGUGGAGGAAGUAGAGAAAUCUUCGUCAGUCACCGAAGAACCAAUCAUGACCAACAACCCACAAGCCGACGACGACGACGACGGCGAAGCGCCGGAGGAAGGAGAGAUCGUCAGCGAUGACGACACGUCAUCGUCCGCCAAGCCUACGGCGCCUCUAGCCGUUGAAUCACACCCUCUGGAGCACUCUUGGACCUUCUGGUUCGACAACCCUUCAGCCAAGUCCAAGCAAGCCGCUUGGGGUAGCUCUAUUCGCCCCAUCUACACUUUCUCUACCGUUGAAGGCUUUUGGAGCCUCUACAAUAAUAUACACCUUCCAAGCAAAUUGGCAGUCGGAGCAGACUUACAUUGUUUUAAAAAUAAAAUUGAGCCAAAAUGGGAGGACCCUGUUUGUGCUAAUGGUGGGAGGUGGACUGUGGCCUUUGCCAAGAGCAAAUCUGACACUUCUUGGCUGUAUACGUUGCUGGCAAUGAUCGGAGAACAAUUUGAUAAUGGAGAUGAAAUCUGUGGGGCAGUUGUCAAUGUCAGAUCUAGGCAGGAAAGAAUAGGUCUGUGGACCAAGAAUGCUGCAAAUGAAAUGGCUCAGGUAAGCAUUGGGAGACAAUGGAAGGAGUUCCUUGAUUACAAUGAAGGCAUAGGGUUCAUAUUUCAUGAUGAUGCAAAGCUCGACAGAAAUCCCAAGAACCGCUACACGGUAUAAUAACUUUGUUUCCUGGACACCAAGUAGAAGAUGCAGUGCUUAUGUUUCCUGAACAACUUAUGUCUAUUUUCUUUGUCACACCUUGCUUUGCGAGAUUUUACAUGGAUUGCUAACUUUUACGGUUGAAAAUUGAAUAUCUGCUUAUAUGUUAGGGGUGUUUGGUGGGGGCUUUUUUGAGCUAAUUUAUGAUUUCUGGCUUUUAAAAAGUUA